AUGAUGAUUGAUGAUGAUGAUGAUGAUGAUAACAACGAUGAUGAUGAUGAUGAUGACAGGAAAGUCCCGCUGCUGCAAGCCACCAGAAAUGCGCCCGGUAGGAGAAUUGAUCGUGGGCUAUACUAUCCUAUGCAAUACACAACAACAACCACAACGAGAGCUUGCAGUGUGGACAACCGCACGAUGGGUGAACGCGAGUGUGCAGGUGUGAUUCCAUUGAUUCCAUUGAUUGAUUACAUUGAUGGCGGAUGGGCGAGUGAGCGGGUGAGAAGGUUUCAUGGUGGUAUCGGUCUCCUUGCCCAGGUGUGUGUGGGUAGCCGCAGUAGUUCUCGUAUUGAUGAGGAGGAUGAUGAUGAUUGUGGGUAA